AUCUACAUCUUUUUUCCAGCGAUGCGUGACAAUAUAAGAUUCGUUCUUAUCUCUUUGAUAGUCUGGGUUGGAUUUGACAAUGUUGAUGGGACAUGUACAUUUCCCACCACAUGGGACAGCACGUGGUAUGACAGCAGCAUGACAACUUCCAAUGUUGUGUUUGAUAGAGCCAAUCUUCAGGUCACUUCCGGUUGGACCGUCACUGCAUAUGCAUCAACCGUAACUUCGUGGACAUGCGUGAACCACGACACCACCAAUAAUUUGAUACUAUUUAAAGGUGAUCAGUACAUCAACCUGUUCAGUUCACUACAGAACGCCUUUAGAUGCCUAAAAUACACAAAAAUAACGGACUACUCCUAUAUGUACUAUAUCUAUGCUGAUAUACAAGUAAACGCAAAUAAUGCCCGAGUAUAUAUUGAGAGCAAUGAUCCUUCUGUGACGUCCUGGCCCACGUCUUCUACUUAUUGCAACCCAUCUGACCUCGGUACAGAAGAGUAUGCUGUCCUGGUCAAGGCCGGUCAUCUUUCUGACAUAAAGCAGUAUUUCCCCACUCCUUUUCUGGCUACAUCUGCUUACACCCACAAUGACGGCAGCACCACGACAUGUGGGACGGGGUCUGUUUGGGAUGUCUGUACCGACAGAAAAAUUGCAACUGUGAACUACACGCAAUGUGCAACAAAACAGUUCUACUCAACUGGAGGCGAGGGUUAUUGCGUUUAUUAUACUUCUAGCGGAAGUACUUACUACACGACAAUCGUCAAUACAGACACUACGGUGGAUUUUUCCACCACCUUCCGGUUUACCUGUUAUGCCGUGAUGUCAUCAGGGUCAACAAUUUACGCCAGUGACAGCAAGGGUCAGUGCGAGAGAUCGCAGUCUCCCACAGUCAAACAGUCAGAUGGAACGGGUACACUAGUGUUUACCCCAUAUAUAACCUGUCCCUUCACAGACGACAACGACACAGCGGGAUCCAGCUUGGGAAUAAUAAUCGGAAUAGUGGUUGCGAUUCUGUUAUUACUCAUUGCUUUAAUAGUGGGUAUCAUCUUGUAUAAGAAGAACAAAGGAAAACAGAAAACAAUGCACCAGACGCUCAGAGAAAAUCAAGUUUUCCCAUUAACUGACAUGGACUUAGAGACAUACAGAGAUGCUUUAAGUAUAGGCCCCACAGACGAAGGCCGCUUACCACCCAUUACACAUCGCUCUAAUCUCCCCCAAAACGAGGCUGCCGAGGCAACAACCCUCCCAUCUUCCCUUCCUCCCAUUAAAAAAAUCAGCAUUGAAGAACUUAAUCCACAUGAUGCUACUGCAAUUGAUAUACCAGAAAAGAAGCAGUUAGACCCAAUUGGAGAAUAUAUUCCUAAUGGAGUACAGACAAGGCCGUCAGGUGCAGCGCCCUUGCCACCAAUUAUUCAGACCAUGAAUUAGACUAGGCAUUGCAAGUUUUGACUGGGAUGUACGAUCAAAUAUAUAUUUGUCCUCAUUGUGGAUGCUAUCACGACACGUGACUAAGACUACUCAUCUAUUAUUGCCAUUGUUUACUUUGUUAAUGUAUGUUGUUGACGGAAUGAGAGAGAAUUGUUUUGAAUUUUUUUAUUAAUACAUUUAAAUGUAAACGGUUUUAAAUAGUGGUACUCUAUAUCCAAAUCAUUAGCUAAUGAUCCUCAGAGAUAUAUAU